CUUCAUCGCCAUCAUCAUCAUCUUUAUCGCCAUCAUCAUCAUCUUCAUCGCCAUCAUGAGCGGGACCUUAGCCAAGAUCGCCGAGAUCGAAGCCGAGAUGGCUCGGACUCAAAAGAACAAGGCCACUGCGCACCAUUUAGGGCUACUGAAGGCUCGGCUGGCCAAGCUCCGGCGGGAGCUCAUCACCCCAAAAGGUGGUGGAGGUGGUGGGCCCGGAGAAGGUUUCGACGUGGCCAAGACAGGUGAUGCUCGGAUUGGAUUUGUGGGUUUCCCAUCAGUGGGCAAAUCGACGCUGCUCAGUAAUUUAGCAGGGGUGUACUCCGAAGUGGCAGCCUAUGAGUUCACUACACUGACCACAGUACCGGGCGUUAUCAGAUACAAAGGAGCCAAGAUCCAGCUUCUUGAUCUCCCGGGUAUUAUUGAAGGAGCCAAGGAUGGAAAAGGGAGAGGUCGCCAGGUUAUUGCCGUGGCUCGAACCUGUAACUUGAUCCUGAUUGUCCUGGAUGUACUGAAGCCUCUCGGACACAAGAAAAUCAUUGAGAAUGAACUGGAAGGCUUUGGAAUCCGUUUGAACAGCAAACCUCCCAACAUUGGCUUUAAGAAGAAGGACAAAGGAGGCAUCAAUCUCACAGCUACUUGCCCUCAGAGUGAACUGGAUGCAGAGACAGUGAAGAGCAUUUUGGCAGAAUAUAAAAUCCACAAUGCAGACGUGACUCUACGCAGCGACGCCACUGCCGAUGACCUCAUUGAUGUGGUGGAAGGCAACAGAGUUUACAUCCCUUGCAUUUAUGUGCUGAAUAAGAUUGAUCAGAUCUCCAUCGAGGAGCUCGACAUUAUCUACAAGGUGCCUCAUUGCGUGCCGAUCUCCGCCCAUCACCGCUGGAACUUUGAUGACCUGCUGGAGAGGAUUUGGGAUUACUUGAGACUAGUGCGGAUCUACACCAAACCCAAAGGCCAGUUACCAGACUAUACAUCCCCAGUGGUGCUGCCUGAUUCCCGGACUACAGUAGAGGAUUUCUGCAUGAAAAUUCACAAGAAUCUCAUCAAAGAAUUCAAGUAUGCCCUGGUUUGGGGUCUGUCUGUGAAGCAUAAUCCCCAGAAAGUAGGCAAAGAUCACACAAUGGAAGACGAAGAUGUCAUUCAGAUUGUGAAGAAGUAAAACUACGUUUUCUCCUGUGCCCGCCCCAUCUCUUUGUGACUGAAUACUUGCGGCGAACUCUCCUCUGGCUCAGCUGCCAAGGGGGGAAUUGGAGUGUCCCAUCUUGGACCUGGUCACCUGUACGUGCCACCGCGAAAAGGAUCCGGCCGCUUGUCUGCUUGUCUGGCUGGUAGCCCAUGCUAUAAAUUGAGAAGUCAUCUAUUGGCCUGGUUUAUUUUGCAGUUAUAGGAAGACAGUUAAUGAUAUUUGAGCGCCUACUGAAUGUGAUGCACUGUAUGACAGGAGUGAAGUACGCGUUCCCUAUCCGUAAGGGAGUUUACAAUCUAUUGAGGGAGACAGACACAUAAUGUGCUACCAAAUAGAGGGGGAAAGAGGGAGAAGAGGGACCCAACCCGAAGGGCACAAAAAUGCUGGGGGGAAUUAAUGGAAAAAGUAAUGGUAUAUUCAAAUGAAAUUAAACAAUAAAGAUAAAUCAGUAA